AUGCCGUCUUUACACCGUCAUUUAGUCCACCGACACGCCAGGCGGAUUCUAAACAAGGAACCUCGUGAUUUAGCACCCGGCGAGGCACAAUUAUUCUCCUUCUACGCUCCAUCGCUCGUCGGUGGGUUGCAUAACAUUUCUGUUAAUCAAACAAUCACGGCUCCAGCUGAAGCGGGAAGCAAAUCAACAGCACGUCGUGAAACAAAAAUCGACCCUCUGUCGCAGUCUUUUGUUGUUGUCGCUCCUCGCUUUGCGCUUCCACCCAACGUGGUAGAUUCUGUGUAUCCUACUCCAGGAAUAAGUGUCGCCCACACAGUCCUGCCACAUAUUGUUCUCAAAGAUCCUCAUCUGCCAUGGUCUAGGGCACCUUCGGAUGCUCACAUCACGCCCGAGGAAGAUAAAAACAAUGUCCGUAGUCGCACAACAUGGCUUGCUUUGUUGGUGUUCUCUGUCGAAGAGCUGCAACUCAGCCAGGGCCAGAUUGACAGAGUCAUGGGCAACUUGCCAGUUGAGAUAGACAGAAAGCAGAGCGAGACGAAGACUCUGAAAAUCAUUGCAAGGCAGACAACCAAAUUGAAUGAUAUUGAAGGACUCGUCAAUACAACCGGCUUUGACACGACAUUGGAUGCGAAAGAUGCCGACGAGCCUACGGAGAUCAUUCUUCUCUCUGGCUCGUUGUUCACAGAUCUAUUUGUAGACCCAGAAGGGCCAACUGAAAUCAUCAACGUUUCCAGCUACAAGUACAUGGCACAUGUUAGGAAAAUUGCCACAGAUGGUAUGGCCAAUGCGGGUGCCGACAGCGAUGAAGCGUUGUUCAGCUGCGUGGUCAGUCCUCGAACUGGGCCUAUCGACGCUGAUGAGUCGAGCAUGAUGAUUGCUCACCUGGUCUCCCUGAAAUGGGACAAAGACAUGCGAUAUCCCAAGAGCAGCGAUCUGGUCGCUAUGACAAGUCUGUAUAGCUGGACUUAUACGUGUCUUUCGUCAAAGAACGUGGCUAGCACCCGUGAUUUGCUCACCAACUUGGGUCAACACCUCUCUGUUCUCCGGACUGGAAAAGGUGACGAAGAUCCUGCAUCUGGGAAAGAUAAAGAACAGGUUGAUUUGGCAGCCCUUAUUGCAGCUCGUCGAAGAGACGGAUACACCCUCGCUCGUCAUCGCACAGCAACAGGCGAAAUCACUGCAGCUAUGCUCAGAGGACCCUUGGUACCUAGACAGGUCAAGCACAAAAUAGACGGUAUGCCCAUGCAGUCGAAUUACGGGCAUGACUUGGCCAUCUUCGAUCCCAAAUUCGGGCUGAUGGAUACGACAUAUUCUAAUGCUUGGCAGCUUGGACGCACACUGGCAAUGGCCGACAACGCCUUCUGUGCUGCUCUCACCAGAUUGAGGGAACCUGUCCACGCGUUUUCUCUUGAUUCGGCCAAGAAAGACGUCCAUGCUCUUUUUGGCGAUGACGGCCAUGGAUCGCGCCAGCGGCACGCUGCAAGGAUGGUGGAUUUGGUGAAAGGUCUGAAUCGCAUCAACGACUCUAUGCAUACGCUUGGUGGCUCUGCCACUGCCGCUGGCCCCAACAGAUGGUGCCAUCAGGACGACGAUCAAUCAGGAGUCGGUAUUGAGUCUCUUGACCUCGUGUCGCAAUCAUCGCCUCACAUCAUGCCGCGGAUCAGAGCACAUGCUUCUACAGCUGCGUUGCAUUUCGCCAUGGCAGUUAAUACGGAUGGACAUGUGAAAGGCGAGAAACAAGAGAUGUACAACGAAUACAACACGCCAGUCAACCCACAUUAUGCCGUUGUCUACUCGUGGGUCCUUGAUAAGAUCCAUUUAGGCAACGUUCCAGCCCACUACCUGAUUCCAGACCCAGCAUUUCUACCCCAGGAAACCCUUCGAUUCUUCUACCUCGACACCAACUGGCUAGAUGCUCUUGUGGAUGGAGCUCUAAGUCUCGCCAAUCACUGGGGGGCCAAACCCGAGAGAGACACGACCCGCACCGCAAUCAAAGAAGCUAUCAACGAACGUUUGAGAACUCCAGAUCCAGCGCUAGGUGGCUGGCAUGUGCAGAUGCCGCGAUACGGGUUCCUGUUGCGCAGUCACAUCUUGACUCAAUUCCCAGAUCUCUCCAUUGACGUAAAAUUCUCAGAGAAGCGGGAGAAUCCAGCCAUGAUGAAGGUCGACCCUCCGGCCAACACCCCAGCCCAACAACCCAUCUUGGUCCAGAAGCGUAUCGCGCCUGAUACUAUGUACCUACUACUCGACGCAGCCCCCCCUGAUCUGAAGCGCAUCACUUUGACCUUACCACCGCAUCAGCAGUGCUUCAAGAUCGGAUACAACCUGACAGCAGAUACCCUUUCCAUGACUGUGAGGAAGACUUACACCAUCGAGAACCGACCCAAGGCUGGAGCGACUCUGGGCGAGAGACACUUCAAACUUGAUGGCACACCUGUUGCGGCUUUCAAUUGGAAGACUCGGACACUAAACCCAGCUAUCUUUAGUAGGUAUUUGGUGCAGCAGCUGGGAGAAAGUCGGGAGGGGGAAUUUGAGGACAAAGUACCGACAUCUGUGGUCACAGCUCUUCAACUCAAUGAGAGUAUCUUACAGCUGGAUAUUGGCGAUGCUUGGGCUACAGACUCACCUGAAGUUACUCCGUUAUUUCAACUGUCUACCCUAUCCGAGAUGGGUGUAUCGCAGCAACCUCCACCUAUAGUACCUAGGCCACGGUUGAAGAUGGAACCGGGAUUUAUUCGUGGUAUUAGCAGAAAUUCCACUAACUUGGCUUCCCGUAUUGACCAUUCCAUACCCGAUCGCCCAGUCGAGGACAUGGCGAACCAGCUUGGUUUUGACAUGGUCGUCACCCCCAUGGGCACGGACAGUCAAGCCUUCAUCCCAACCAACUCCCCCGUGCCUAUCGAUCUCAUCUUCCGUCUCACACGAAAGCGAGUCAUAUCCUGGGGCGAGCCUCUUACCCGCAUCAUCGUCGGCGUUCCAACGGGAGAUAUGCCGCCUACAGACAACGACCCCACGAUUCUCAAACCACUUCUCGCUGCCAACGCUGAGCCGUCAACCCCUACGAUGCUCGGUAAUCCGCGUCUAAAUGUGCUGAAGCGGUACCCGAGGGAAAAUGAGAAGGAGUUGCAGAAUCACGUGGUUUUUGAGCUGGUCCCGAGAGAGCAGCCGGGUGUUGCGAUCGAUAAGAUCACGAAUGCGAGCUUUAAACUGCCUAGGGCUGAGAUAGUUUCGUAUGAUGGUGUUGAUGAGAGAACGGCUUCUAUCAAGGUCUUCUAUGAGGUUUGGAGAAAUGGUGUUUCGGUCAGGGAAGAUCAGUUUAUGCAUAUUGGGAAAGUUUAUCUCAAGGCAUGUAUUAAAUAA